AUGUCCUAUGAUCGAUAUUUAGCUAUAUGCAAACCGCUUCAUUAUGUCACCAUGAUGAAUGACAGAACUUGUUUCAGACUGAUAGCCUAUUCUUGGAUUAGUGGGUUUUUAGCAAACACUAUUACACUGAUUAUCAUGUCCAAAUUAAUUUUCUGCAAUAAUAGAAUUGAUCAUUUUUUUUGUGACACCUUUCCAAUUAUAGAAUUAUUUUGUGGGGACACAUAUGCUUUAAAAGUUUUUCUUUAUGUUUUAAGCUCAAUAUUUACUUUUCCACCAUCUGCAUUAACCAUAACAUCUUACACAUUUAUCAUUGUAGCUAUAACAAGAAUGCCUUCCACUGUAGGGAAACAAAAAGCAUUUUCCACCUGUUGUUCUCAUCUCUUGGUAGUGACUAUUUUUUAUGGGACUCUGAUGAGUAUCUAUGUAGUACCCAAUACUAACAAACUGUAUGGGCUUCGUAAAGUGUUCUCUGCAAUCUACACCAUAAUAACCCCCAUACUUAAUCCUAUUAUAUAUAGUUUAAGAAAUAGAGAAGUGAAGGAUUCUUUGAGAAGACUGUUACUUUUUGUUCAAGUUUAG